AUGAAGAGGAUGCGAGAGUCCUCUGAGAAGUCCAAGAAGGCAAAGAAAGCUAAGGUGGGAGAAUCCUUUGGAUCAAGACCCCUAGUUCCUCUGGUUGGCUCUCCAGGUAAGUCUGCAUCUCUCCUUCCCUCUGUCAAAAUUAAACCAGUUGCUUCUUCUCUUCCCCAAACAACUCCCAUAUGCACCCCUGCUGAAACUCCUCCCUCAACCACCAGAUCUUCUAACCCACCUUCUCUGAAAUUCAACCUCGCCACCACAACAUUACCAGUUUCAGAAGCAGAAAUGCUAAAUGAAACCACCUCACCAUCAUCAUCGCCAUCUCCUCAAUCCCCACCUUACUACGAACUCUCCUCUGAUACUGAACCAUCUGACCCUCAAUCCCCCACUCUGGCUCAGCUCCAAGCCCGUGCUUUGGCCUCUCAACAGCCAUCACAUCUUGAACCUGAAACUGAAGUCACUUCCCCACCUCCGAAACAUCCAAAUCCAACCACAUCUGAACCACAAACAACCCACUCUGAACCACAACCAUCUGAACCAACCCACUCUGACAUACCACCACCCAUCACUUCCGCUGACCCAACAACUCCCACACUUAAUCUAAGUGCCCCUAUUUCACCCUCCUCACCCUCCCCAGCCUCUGCCACUGAACCAGAAACUACCACUCCCACCCUUGAAGAAAUAAUCCAGCUGAAAGGCCUCUCUGAACAAGUCUGCAACGACUUCAUUAGAGACGCUGGGAUCAGACUCCAAGAGCGCCUAGCCAGAGAAGCUGAGGAACAGGCAAGAAAGGAAGUUGAAGAGAAAGUGCGUCAAGAAGAACUUCAGAGAAUCAGAGAAGCUAAAGCAAAGGCUAUUGUUGAUGCUGCUGCUGCUGAGGCUAAGGCAAAAGCUAAAGCCGACGCUGAAUAA